GGAGGCCCCGCGCCGUCACACGCGCCGCGAGGAUGCUCGCGGCAGGUAGUGCUCUCCGCUGACUCGAGGCCCACGACCGACGGCGAUGCGGAAGUGAAGCGGCCGCACGGACCACCACCAGCGCUGACCCACUCUAUCCCGUGUGCGCCGCAGUGCCCGAGACUUCUCGCCGACGCCGCACGCACGCACGCACGCACGCACGCACGCACGCACGCGCAGAGCAGAGCAUCUGGCGGAGAUGAGGCUGAUCGCGACGAGGUUGCUGCUGGGUCUGGCGGCGGCUGCAGCCGCGGCGGCCGCCUAUCCGCCCGCCGAUCAAUACUCCCAGCGGCGAGAGCAGCGAAGCGACGGUCGCUCGGGGCCGGGCAACGCGACCGAGCUGCGCGAGCUGCUGGCCAGCUGGGGCAUCGACACGCGGCAGCCGCCGCGUCGCGGUGACAUCGAGGUGCAGGCCGAGCGCCGCCGCGAGCAGGCCGCCGGCAGGGGCGACGUGCCGGCGGCGUCGUUCGCUCGGCGCGGCCGCGCCGCCUGGGGUUACGCCGAGGACGAGGGCCUGCUGCCGAGCGACCAGGCCGGCGACGACGACGACGACGACGACGAACAGCAGCACUGGACCCGGGAGCCCGGCGACGCGGGGCGCGCGCGGAUGCAGCAGCCGCGCUUGUGGGAGCAGCAGCAGAGGAUCGCGGCCGCCGAGCUGCGACGCGCGAAGCAAUGGCAGCAGCAGGAGCAGCAGCAGCAGAGGACCGCGGCCGCCGAGCUGAGACGCGCGGAGCAAUGGCAGCAGCAGGAGCAGCAGCAGCAGAGGACCGUGACCGCCGAGCUGCGGCGCCCGGAGGAGCAGCGCCGCCCACGGCCCAGACCCGCGGAGCAGCUGUCGUACGAAGAACGUCUCCGGAAGUGGCAGCGCGAGAAGGAGGCGUACGAGCGCGCCCAGGGGGCUCGGACCGCGUCGUCCGACUCGGACCCGCGCGUACAGGAAUACAUCCGACGCAUCACGCCCAUUGAGCUGCGGGCGCCGGACGCGCGUCCGGCGCAGCACCCGGAGCAGCGCCCGGAACAGCGACCGGAGCAACGCUUGGAUCAGCGCCCGGAACAGCGACCGGAGCAACGCUUAGAUCAGCGUCCAAAGCAGCGCCCGGAGCAGCGCCUGGAGCAGCGCAUGGAACAGCGACCGGAGCAGCACUUAGAUCAGCGUCCGGCGCAGCGCCCGGAGCUGCGCGUUGAACAGCGACCGGAGCAACGCUUAGAUCUGCGUCCGGAGCAGCGCCCCGAGCAGCGACCGGGGCAGCGACCGGGGCAGCGACCGGGGCAGCGACCGGAGCAGCGACCGGAGCAGCGCCCGGAGCAGCAGCCGGAGCAGUGGAGACGCGCCGAGGUGGCGCGUCGCAGACCAACACCUGUUGACAGCGGCGACAGGCAGCAGGAGUCGAUGCAGUCGGCGGGGCGCUGGGCCGGCGGGCGGCCCAUCACCGCGCGCAUCAUCAUACGCAAUGAGACCGAGCCGGCCCUCAGCUUCCGGCGACGGCCCGAGGCCAGCGUCGACUGGACGGGCCGAUCGACGGCGGCGCCGUCGCACUGCGCGUGGGCGAUCGUCACCUGCUGCCACGCGCACGCCGGCAGGGACGCGGGCAAGCUGGGGCGCUGCUUCGAGGCGACCGAGUGCCUGGCGCUGCGGCGGGACGAGGCCGCCUGCGGCUCGGCCAAGGUGCAAGCGUCUCACGACGAGAUUCGCCGCUUCUACCAGAUGGAGCCCGGCCGCUAGGCCACCGCCACCAGCAGCACGCAUCCCCGCUCGUCUUCCCCCUUCGCCGGCGUCUAUAGCCUAACACUGUUCGUACAUUGCUUAAUAAAGAGUAGUCACACAUGUACGCAGCACGAGUGUUUGCCC